CCCUGAAUGCGUCGUGUCGACGCUGAAUAAUUGUCGCGAUUGAAUUGUAUCGGAGAGAAAAAGUAGUGCGUCAGUUUCUUGCCAUCCUCGUGAUUUCAAGGGUGUUUAAAUAUUCGAGCGGUGUAAAUUUUGAUAGGAUCGAGAAUUAAACGACAACUCGAGGUGGCCAUGAGCAACGACGUUACACAGUCAACACGAGGAUCGACGAGUUUAGUCCGCCAUUUUUUCAAGUAAACUCGAGUGACACGAGGUUUCGGCGAAAAUCGUCGAAUCAGCGUGUGUAGCCGCGCAGGGGCAAACACAUCGAACUCAACGGCAGACUUUUCGCAAGCGUUAAAGAGCAACUUUUAGCCUCCUAUCGACGAAGCCUCGAGGCUUGAAUAGGUGUACGCCGAGGCAGUAGAAAAGAAUCCAAUACUCGUGGCUACAUCAGAAGUGUGAUUUACGCCGUCCUGCUAAGAUCUCAGCUUUGAAACAGUGACUCCUCCGGAAUCGCACCGAAUAGCAGACGGAAAGUUUGCGCGGUCCAACGAGCUCUUGGAAUAUAAAACGAAUAUUCGAUCGUGACUUUUUUCUUAUCUUGCGACGUUUCACCUGAAAUAAAAUAAUCCGAAUGUGAGAUCAUUGAAAUACGAUGCAAAAAAUAGCGUGGAACUUGUUAAAAACAGAGUGAAGAAUCAUUUUUUCGAACCGGUUAUGAAGUUAUAAAAAGUCCUUCAAAGUACAUUUUGCAAAGGAGGAAGUUACAAAAAUCCUUCCAAGUGUGUGUCUGGUGCGGGGUGAUAUUUUUUUUUAUUUUAAUUUCUAUGAUUUAAUGAUAACGAAAAAGUGGGGCUUGUAUAAUUGACGAGUGAGAAAAACGAAAAGACAACGAGAAAUAUUUGGUGAAUGAAUCGAGAAUGGACAAAAUGUUGGGAAUAAACUGUUGCUGCACCGUGUUUUCUGUACUUAGAAGUCCCGAGGAGGGCGAAUCGUUUAAACGGAUCAUCUGAAAAAACAAACUUUCCAGCUGUUCGAAUCUCAUAUUUUAUUAUCGUUUAUUUCCCUCUCCCUACUACACGUCGACGAAAUAAAAAGUAUUUGUGCAUAUUUAUACGAAGAUAUAUAUAUCUAUAAAUAUCAUUUUUAUUCCGGGGUGCCGAAUUGAAACGACCUCGGCGUUGCGCUCCCUAAACGCUUGGAAUCGGGUGUUGUAUAGAUGCUGAUUUAUUUUGGGAACGGUGACAGUGCCAAUUUACGAUCCGAAAAAGGAGUGGCGUAAAGGAAGUUGAGACAUUGAAGAAAAAGUAAAUUUUCGUUGCCAAGGAAAUUUCUACGAGGCUACGAAUUUCUACGGAAGGACGAACAACCGAGGAUUUCUCUCUGGCUAAUCGCGUAGGUCUAAACAUAGACGCGAAAGAAAAACGUUUGUUGCGAGAUUUAAUGCUGACAUUCCGAAGAUUUUUUUUCCUCCUCGUUGCACAUCGAUCAACGUAGCCUUGCAGCUUAACGACGUGUAUUGGGCUGGUAUUUUUCAUAUUGUCAACGAUAUAUAUAUACGUUACGGGAAAAGAAAGGAGGGAGAGCGAGAGAAACGGAAAGACGGACGAUCGAUUAAUUCCGCGAAGUGAAUACUUUUUUCCUCUCUGUACCAUCAGGUGGCUUUUCCCCACGUUUCCGAGAAUAUAAUUUAAGAGUAUAAAUACGAAUGCAUUGACAGUCGUCGAUCGUCACUGAGCACAUCUGAUUUCGAUCCUCGUCAAUAAGACAGUUCCAAAGAGUUUCUGCGAAAAAGGAAAAUACGAGAAGAGGGCGGGAGACGGACAGAGAAAUUGAUAUUAAUUGCCGAUCGAGUAUCGAACGAGAGGGCAGAAAAGACACCAACGAGACAGCCCGUAAUGUAUUUGAGAUCGCGCAGUGGAAAAAAAGGGAGGCACGAGUACAAUAGAGAAUUGUCACCAAUUACUUUCGCGAGCGUUGCACCGAGUUUCAAUAUUGACAGUUACAAUAACGGGGAUAAUUCAUCAUUGCGUUUGCAUAAAGUUGUCCCCGAGGCGGAACGACGGCGAGAGGCUUGUUCCAUAAGCUGCACUUCGGACUUGAUUAAAUCGAGUCUAAAGUCACUCGGCGAAUUGGAACGCGGUAUGAGCGAGAGCGAAAGGGCGGUUACGACGCCGAGAAUCGGUUGGCGCAAACUUACCGAUCCUGGUGACUGACACGAGACUCGUGUCUCAAGACGAAAUCCGGAGCGAUAGCAUACGCUUCGGUUAACUCAACGUCUUCUAAAGCCUUCGAAACGCUGCCAAAGGGCAUACUCAACGAGCUCCGCUAUCAAACUCUUUAUUAUCUGGGCGAUCUUACCCCUCGGGACUUCCAAUUUUAAGGGCUAUCGCGCAAACUAUCCACACCAAAAGGUAAACGCUCAUGCCAACCAAAUGCCUGGCGUAGGUGGCUCGAGGAUCUACAAGAGAGUCCUGAAAAGAGAUUCCGAAAUGGCGGGUAAUCGGUGCCGGUAGCAGACGGGGUUAACACGAGUAUUCAAUUACAAUAUUCCGUGUCCCUGACCCCGGCUUUAGGGCCCCCGGACGAAAGGGGUCACAAAGUACAACUCUUGAAAGCAGCUUGGAAAUCAAGCGAGCUAGUUUCAUCCGGAAACAUUGAGAAUUGCAACGAUCGCGACUCGUAUCCCCCCCCAUGACAACCCCAUACUGACACUUUUUCAUCUCCCAAAGAUAAUAUCAUUUAAAAACUUCAACGGACAAUAAUCGUUAGUACGUUAAUCAAAGGGUGCGUGAGUGUAUGUGUGGUGUACUUAAUUCGUUAAAGAGAGAACAAAACGGUUGUGAGCAAUCAAUCAUACCGCGUAGCCAAAGUCGAGUAGAACAAAGAAUCGCUUUAAUAUUCGUGUGCCCGGUGAUCAAAAGCCUGCAGAAUGCCGUCAACACCAAAAAAGUUCAAUCUUAGCUUCGCUAGAAACGCUUACAAUGUUUUUGGCAAACGUGACUCAGGAACGAGGACGGAAAAUCAGCGUGAACAAAAAACUGAAUUGUUACAGGGCACCAGAGGCAACGGCCUUAUUCAACUGAAGAAUGGCGUUGACUACAUCAACCCGGGCCAGGAGGACCAGAUGGAAAUUUAUGGAUUCCGAAGAAAUCAGAAGUACACGCUCAUCACCUGGUUUCUCAUCAUCAUUACCGGCGGCCUCCUCCGGUUGAUUUUUCACUGGGUUCCACGACUGAUGCUGCUUUCGACCCACUCCAAGUGUCGACUCGAGGAAGCCGAUACGGUUUUGCUUAUUGAAAGGUUUCAGGGCAAACACACGAGCUAUUACGUCAAGAAACUUAGAACCAUGACAGCUCAGGAUGUCACGAAAAAAGUUGACAACGAUGAAAAUCUGGUCGGAAACGAAGAGUGGCAAGAUCAUGAAAACUCGACAAUCGAAAACCCUUUGCUAUCGGUACAUCUACAUGGAGGAAAUUUCAAGGAAGUCUCGUCGAUCGUCACUUUCAAUUGCAAAAAACUGACCUACGUAUGGGACAGUGAUAGAUCGGAAUUUUUGAAGUUGACUGGAUUGGAGGUCGGUGUGCUGACGUCAACGUUGCAUCAAAUGAGUGGUCUCAGUUCCCAAAAACAGUUCCUCAGACGGAGCGUCUAUGGCAACAACGAAAUAGUCAUUCCCGUGAAAAAUCCCAUGACUUUGCUGUGCCUGGAAGUUCUCAAUCCAUUUUACGUCUUCCAACUAUUUAGCUUUUGCCUGUGGAUUGCCGACGAUUAUUAUUAUUAUGCGAUGGUGAUAAUAUCCAUGACGGCUUGUGGCAUAGGCAUGGCUGUCUUCCAAACGCGUAGCAAUCAGCACAAAUUACGUUCGACGGUUCAUUCUUCGGACGUAGCAAAAGUGAUGCGCGAUCGAGCGACAGGAAAAAUUGAUUCCGUCGCUGCCGAGCUCCUCGUGCCUGGUGAUAUAUUGGUUAUUCCGCCUCACGGCUGUCUAAUGCCUUGCGACGCUGUUCUGCUUACCGGCAACUGUAUUUUAAACGAAUCGAUGCUUACUGGUGAAUCGGUGCCGGUGACCAAGACACCGAUUCCGUCGUCAAACGAGACGAUUUACGAUACCAAGGAACAUGCCAGGCACACGCUUUUCUGCGGUACCAAAAUCAUCCAGACGAGAUAUUUCGGAGGUGAAAAGGUGUUGGCGGUUGUUGUUCGAACUGGAUUCACGACAAGCAAAGGUGGCCUGGUACGUUCGAUAAUGUACCCUCCACCGGUAGAUUUCAAGUUUGAGCAGGACUCGUACAAGUUCGUCGAGUUGCUUGCGGGCAUAGCGAGCAUCGGCGUUAUUUACACGAUUGUCACGAAAGCUAUGAGAGGAGUGCCAUCGAGUCACAUAGCUCUGGAGGCUCUGGAUCUAAUCACGAUCGUGGUGCCACCUGCGUUACCGGCAGCGAUGACGGUUGGGCGUCUCGUGGCGCAAAAUCGUCUGGAAAAGAAACGAAUUUAUUGCACGAGUCCAAGAGCCAUUAACGUUUCUGGCUCUAUAGAUUGCGUUUGUUUUGACAAAACGGGUACUUUGACGGAAGAUGGUCUGGACAUGUGGGGGGUCGUACCGGUGUCUAUGAGAAAGUUUCAGGUGCCGACUAAAGAAAUCUCGAAACUGUCGAUCAACGAGAUCCUCGUGGGGAUGGUCACGUGUCACAGUAUAACCAUAAUCGACGGUCAAUUGGUUGGCGAUCCGCUCGAUCUCAAAAUGUUUGAAUCGACCGGUUGGCACCUCGAGGAACCUGACGUUUCGGACAAUACUAAAUUUUCCAUGAUGUUCCCGACUGUGGUCAAACCCCCCAAAGAUGCUAAACUCUUUCAAACGGGCGAUAGCAUUUCAACCGUUUCUCCGGCACGUCACAACUCCAUCACUUCCGAGACUGGCGACAAUCUCUCACUCAACAAUCUUACCAUCGAUGAUAACGAUAUGACCGAACAGCAAGGCCUGGAAAUCGGUAUAGUUAGACAAUUCCCUUUCACUUCGAGUCUCCAGCGAAUGAGCGUUAUCACAAGGACCUUGGGGGCUAAUCAUUACGAUUUGUACUGCAAGGGAAGCCCGGAGAUGAUUCUUAGUCUCUCAAAAGCAGAUUCCAUACCUCCGGAUUUCGCUUCGGUUCUGCAGGAAUACACGUCCGAGGGCUACAGGGUAAUAGCAUUGGGCCACAAAUCCUUGAAUCGUUUGACCUGGGCAAAAGUACAGCGAAUAAGUCGAGAAGCUGCUGAGACGGAAUUGAAUUUUUUAGCUUUCGUAGUGCUCGAGAAUAGGUUGAAGCCGGAAACGGCUCCGGUGAUCGAGGCCAUCAACAAAGCUUGCAUCAAAACAGUUAUGGUGACCGGUGACAACAUGUUGACAGCACUUUCGGUUGCCAGAGAUUGCGAUAUGGUUAAACCGGGCGUACCUGUAAUCACCGUCGCUGCGAUAACCCAGCAGAAUCAGACGAAGCCACAACUAUAUUUCACCAAAAGUAGCAGCAAUCAACAGAGUCCGCAAUCUCCCAACGGACAGGGCAGUAUAAGCGAAAUGACCGAUCUCAACAGCAUUGCGAGUUUGGAAACAAUCGAGAGCGGCGUUUACGGCAACACUGUUGUAGAAAAUGGCGCCAAUUAUCUUUGCGACGAUGUUCACGGGAGCAACAAGUAUGUUUUUUCUAUGACUGGAAAAACUUGGGCGAUGAUCAAACAACAUUAUCCAGAACUAAUACCAAAAGUUGCCACCAGGGGUGCUAUUUUCGCGCGUAUGUCGCCGGAUCAGAAGCAACAGUUGGUCCAGGAACUUCAAGCGCUUGGUUAUUAUGUGGCAAUGGUGGGCGACGGUGCCAACGAUUGCGGAGCUUUGAAGGCGGCGCAUACAGGGAUUUCGCUAUCGGAUACAGAAUCAUCGGUAGCCUCGCCAUUCACGAGUCGGGAAACGAACAUAUCCUGCUUACUAAGUAUAAUACGGGAAGGACGCGCAGCUUUGGUAACUUCUUUCGGUAUAUUCAAGUACAUGGCAGGUUAUUCGUUGACACAAUUUAUUUCGGUAAUGUUGCUCUACGGUAUAGAAUCAAAUUUGACGGAUUUAGAAUUUCUCUACAUCGAUUUAUUCAUAAUAUCGAUAUUUGCAUUUUUCUUCGGCCGUACGGAAGCGUACGACGGGCCGUUAGUGAAGACAGCACCAUUGACGAGUCUCAUUAGCACAUCGCCGAUAUUGAGUUUGCUGACGCAAAUGCUCCUCGUAACGAUAUUCCAGUACACGAGUUUGUGGCAUUUGCGACAGAACGACUGGUUCGUACCGUUCAACUCAACGGCCACCGUGGACAAGGACGAUGUUGGAUGCCUUGAGAAUUACACCAUAUUUAUCGUCAGCUCAAUGCAGUACAUUAUACUAGCGGUUGUAUUCAGCAAAGGUCAUCCAUACAGAAAGUCUCUGUUCACGAAUUACGGCCUUUUAGCAUCGUUUCUCCUCAUGUCGUUGUUCUCUACUUAUCUUGCAAUAUUUCCAUUCGAUUGGCUCGCCGCGCAGUUCGAGCUGGUCUUGCCGACCGACAUGACCUUCCGUUACGUCCUCGUUGUCUACGGUCUAGCUAAUUUCGUCGUAGCAAUGAUAGUCGAACACUUCUUCAUCGAUUAUCUGGUGUUCCGGAAGCUUCGCUAUCGUUGGCACGACGUUGAGAAAUCAAAACGUAAAUUUCUAGCAAUAGAACGCGACAUGAGCAGAGACGUCAAGUGGCCUCCGCUGUCCCAGGAGCCAUUGCCCGAAGCCGCUCCUGACAUUCUCAUCCGUCAAAACGUCACAGAAAUUAAGAUUGAAAAGAGAGUGCCCGAGUCGUGUAUGAAUCAAGCGUUGGACGUCGGCUUCCUCAACAGCCCAGCCUCUUCGCUCAACUUCAAGCGCUUCGGUUCAGCCAGAGAAGUCACUCUCAAUCCACGCUCGUUGUUCAACGACCGACGCAACACCGUCUCGAUGCAAACGGUACCGAUCACCCUCGAAGAUCGCGAAACUCAUUUCCGGCGUCCCAGCGUCGAUGUUACUCCCAAACGACGUCACAAUUCCGAAUCCGAAAACGCCAUUGACUCUUGCGACAAGUCCCAGAGAUCGAAACCAACCACCAAUCCCAUCGCCACUCUGCCCCGACGUCCUCCCCUCAAUCAACAAAGCAAUUCUAAAUUAGUCAAUUUUACAAAUCCCAGAAUUCACAAGAGCGAGGAAUUUUGUCCCGGUGCUCAGAGCGUACUCGAAUUAGAUAUACUGCCAUCCUGAAACGCGAUUACUUUAUUUUUUUUUAAUGAUAAUUAUUUUUAUUCUUAUUCUUACUGUGCUUAUUCUUUGUUAUUUUAUCUAUUCGUGGACUUGCUCUUUGCGUCACAUCUUUGGUACCGCGACUCGCGGAAUUCGAUCUACCAAAGCAACCACUAUUCCUCGCUGCCACAUCAUUCGUUCAUCACUUUUUCUCCUUUAGCCUUUAGACUAUAUGGUGCUAAGCCGUCCGGCAACAUUACUCUUAGUGGUUUUACUUAAAAACUAGUGCAUUUAAUUUAUGGAGGACGCGACGCUGGCUCGUUCGAGAAAUUUUAAAUGGAAUUGCUCCGUAGUUGAUUAAUUGAGUUAGUUUUUUAGCUUCUCACAAUAAUCAGUUGCUGAAGAGUACUGCGGUGUCUCGAGACGUCGAAUUGAGUCUGGGAUUGACUCGGGAUCGAUUUUCCACGUAAACGUUGACGAGGAUGUUGAAAAAUGUUGCAUUUAGCGUUGUCUCGGAGCAUCGCGAAGUGAACCAUUCGAUUUUGUCUCAUUUACUCGAUUCGAUUAAUUCGAUCGGGGAAACUUGAUGCGAAGAGCGAAACCGAGUCUCGAGAGUCGAAGAGCAUGACAUUUGAACCGUCUCCGAGAAGCAGCGUCACGAUUUUAACGAAUUAUACUAUUUAACCUCGAGGGAAAGGGGAAAUGAUGAAACGAAGAAGAUCGAACUCGUGGACGACGGUUUAUUCAGGUGAUUUUUGACCUGCCACGAUUUCGACCUGCUUCAAGCCCUCGUUUAGCUUACGAUGAAUAGUAUUCUCACCGGUCCCACCCUCCUUCCUAACUUCCUCGCCCAAUCACGAUCACGGAAGUAUUAUUAAUUAUCUGACGUUUGGGCGUGCGAAAUAAUGAAUAUUGUAAUAAAAACGAGAAGAGAGAAACGGUAACCUACCGACCUGCGGCAUACCGAGGCUUGGUUAAUAGUAAAAAAAGUGUCAAAAGAGUCCUGAAGCUCCUGAACCUAGAGAAUUGUGUGGGAAUUGUUUUAGACCCGCUUGCGGCGUCAGUUAUUCUUCAUUUUUUCCAUUUCCAUUCGUAAUUUCCAGUCUGUCAUAUUUUCCUCGGAAACUACGAUAUCUCGUGUUCAUCAGAAUUUAAAUCGACUGUCCAAGGUUCAAAACACAGUGUUAGCCCUUCGUGUACAAAGUGGCAAGGACCGAGGACUCGCUAACUUCCGUUUCAAACUCUCGACAGAUAAAAUUUCGUUUUUCUGUCCCCCGACCGGUUAGCCGGAGAACGAGAAUCGAUGAAAAAAAAAUCAAAAAAUCUUCCACACUUUUGAAAAUGAGGCUCCCCAGCUCGGACGCUCUCAGUUCUCUAUAAUCAAUCUAACAGAGCCCAGGACAUUUGUACACGAAAGGGUCAAUGAAAACGAAUAAGAGAAUAAAUAUGAAUAAGUUACGACGAAACUACUUAAGCUCGCUCUAGGCGAAAUACGAAUUUUAGUACAAGAAAAAUGUGUUAUUUGUCUUCGAGAAUGUAGAAACUUACGAAAUGGUAUAUGCGAAACAGCAAAACAUAAAGCUUAGACAUUUUUUUAGAUAGGCAACGAAAAGGCGUCUCAACAAUAAACCGCAAAAUGAAAAUAAUCCAUAAAGAAAAAAAAAACAAACAAAUCAUCGUUUAAAGUACGUUAUACAAGAAAUUAAAACACGAAAAUUAUUAUUAAUAUACAUAUGCGAAUUAUGAAAAUGUAUAAAGUUAUACCGAUUAUUUAUAGGAUCGAGGUCCGAGUGCCAGGCGCAUGAAAGAAGAUAUAUAUAUAUAUACGUACAGUAAAUAUAUUAUUAUACAAAUAUAAUAAAAAUAAGGGGGAAAACAAAAUGUCAUGAAAUAUAUUAUUAUGACUCGCAAUGCGCUCCGCGCGCCUGUAACGCUCUUGCGACGAAAUUUUACAAUGCGCAAUCCUCCUAUACACGCCCCGACGAUAAACUUCGAUUCAAACGAUUUACAAGAAAUAUAAAUGUGUACUUAUACAUGAAAA